UCACGCUGCUUCCCCAGCUUCCCACCUCUGUUGGCACGCAAGUUACGUUUCUAAAACAACAGAAAAGCGGGCGCUGCACGAAACCAUGGUCCAGAGAAUCGAUAAAGCCCUCCUGCGGAAGCGCGCAGAACACAACGACGGCGAACUCUCCUCUCUGCGGGAAGUAACGCUACAUCAAUACGAUAUUGAGAAGAUUGAGAACCUCGAUCUAUAUUGUCGUCAUUUGGAAAUCUUGUUUCUGCAGAAUAACCAGAUCUCCAAGAUUGAGAAUGUGCAUAAGUUGAAAGAACUGAAAUACCUGCAACUUGCGCUCAACAACGUGUCCAAAAUUGAGAAUCUGGAAGGAUGCGAAUCGUUGGAGAAAUUGGAUCUGACGGUGAAUUUUGUGGAAGAUCCGUUGGAUGUGGAGUCGUUGCAGGGGAAUGAACAUUUGCGAGAGCUACAUCUUAUGGGCAACCCAUGCGCGAAGAAAGAAGGUUAUCGGGAGUUUGUCAUCACAGCUCUGCCACAACUACAGAUGUUAGAUGGACGUGAGAUCACUCGAACAGAGAGGAUAGAGGCCGCGCAGGUGUUUGAGGAGAUCAGAGCGCGGUUCGUACGUGAACGAAGCGGCUCCAAAGCUGAGUCUGAGGGCUCCAAAGCUGAGUCUGAGGGGGUUGAUGCGUCGGGUACUUCCGAAGUGAAGAAGGUGGAGGAGGCGCCUGAUCAGCAGAUCAAUGCCGCACCAACGACCGGGCAUGCUCAAUCCUCGAAAUCAAAGGUCGAGGAUGUGAAGGAAUUGCCGGAAAGCCAUGGGAAGGGAAUGGUGGGAGCCAGCGAAGAGGUGGUCGAAACCACAGAAGACGCACUAGAGAAGAAGCGCUGGAAAUUCCAAAACGAGCCCGUACCACACACCCCCGCCACCCGCCUCGAAGCCGCCCGCGACCUCGCCGAAAUGAAAGGCACCGCAAUCGCAACCACCACCACCACCCCACCCACCCCACCGGUCCUCACAGCCCCCGACGGCCGCGUCCUCCAAAAAAACCAAGGCAAAUGGACCUACCACUUCUCCACCACCCCCACAACCGUCACCCUCCACGUCGAGCUCUCCAAAUUCCUCGAUACCUCCCUCAUCGACGUCGACGUGCAUCCGACGUGGGUGCGGGUCACCGUCAAGGGCAAAGUACUGCAGCUGGUGAUGGACGAGGAGGUGGAGACCGCGAAUGUGAUUUGCGAGCGGAGCACGGUGUCUGGGUGGUUGGCUGUCACGAUGGCGAAGAAGUCUGCUGUGGGGGAUAUCGUGGAGUUGAGAAGGAGGGAGGCGGUGGAGAGGGAGAAGGAGGAGCGACGGAAGAGGGUUGAGAGGGAAAGGGAGGAGACGAAGAGGGUUGGGGAGAAGUUGUUGCUUAGUGGGAACGUGGCGAAGAAGGUGGAUUAUACCAAGAUUGUGGAGGAGAAUGCAAAGAAAGCUGGAGCGGGCGUCGCUUGGAAUGGGAUCUACGACCGGAACUUCACAGUAGCCCCGCCAGAGGUGCCUGAGGGGUUCCGGGAUGAUCCAGAUGUCCCCCCUUUGUGUUGAGUAUCGCGGGUUUUCGUAGAUUCCCUGCGACGGCAGACCGGCCGGGUUACACCGCCGAUGCAGUCGCUGAAAAUCCGCCAGCCGGACUAUUCUUUUUUGGCAAACACCUAUUCCAUGGACAUUUUGGUAAUCCGAUGGUCGGUUUUUGGUGACUUGGGG